AUGCCCACGCCCAUCAUGCCAGUCCCUUCAACUUUCAAAGCAGCCACUUUUGCAGCUCCGGGCGCCGGACACACCAUUGCCGAUGUGUCGCUCCCAGCUCUUGAGUCUGGUGAGGUCGCCAUGAGAGUCACUGCCACGGCAAUCAACCCCGUCGACUGGAAAGUUCAUGAGAAUGGGGUAUUCCUGCCCGGGUACCCGGCCAUCCUCGGCUCUGACGCAGCCAGUGAGAUAGCUGCCCUGGGGGCUGAUGUCGAAGGUUUCGAGCAGUAUACCAAGAUGCCGGCUGCCUUGGUCUCCAAGACCCCUUCCAACAUCUCUGAUGAUCAAGCUGCUGGUGUCCACCUGGGUACUGUGGCGGGUGUUGCUUCUUUGUAUGACAAGUCGGGCUUUGGUCUCCCGGCUCCAUGGGAUAAAGGUGGCGACACUGCCGGUAAUGGCAAGGCUAUUGUGAUCAUUGGUGGCAGCUCAUCCGUGGGCCAGUAUGCCAUUCAGCUCGCCAGGCUGUCCGGCUUCUCGCACAUCAUCACCAACUCCAGCCCUGCCCAUGUGGAACACCUCAAGAAGCUUGGAGCGCAUGUUGUGCUGGACCGCGCAACCCAGUCAACACCUGAACAAUUCCACCAAGCACUUGAUGGCCUGCCUCUUCCUCUUGCCAUUGAUGCAAUCGUCCACAAGUCCACGCUAUUAUUAGGGAUCCAAAUACUCCAACUGGCCAAGACACCAGGAGCGACCUUGGUCAGGAGCACAGCGGACAAGGAAGACUUGAUCGCUGUUGUCGAGGGCAAGAGUGGUGCCCUUGACUCUGAGAUCGUGGAGCUGGCACAACGCGGCCAUGCCGUUGAGCUCAAGGGAAUCGUAGGCAUCGGGAGCGCUCCUUCGCUGAGGCAUCUGAGUGAGCCAAUGGCCCGGAUUCUCGGUGGCGAGGAUGGUUGGAUAGCCAAGGGGCUCUUUGAACCCAAUCGGCCAGUCGUCGUGCCGGGUGGGCUCUCCGCGCUAGAUGACGCGCUCGAGAAGAACAAGAAGGGGGUGUCUGGGGAGAAGGUUGUCAUCAGGCCAUUCGAAUGA